AUGGCUCUUUCUCAGGGACUAUUGACAUUCAGGGAUGUGGCCAUAGAAUUCUCUCAGGAGGAGUGGGAAUGCCUGGACCCUGCUCAGAGGGCCUUGUACAGGGAUGUGAUGUUGGAGACCUACAGGAAUCUGCUCUCCCUGGAUAUCUCCAUUAGUUUUCUGACCAAGGAAUUAUUAAAGAAGAAAAAUAUUAAUAACAGAGAAUUAUACCAACCAGUGGUCUUGGGAAGACAUGGAAGCCAUGGUAUUGAGGAUUUUGACUUCAGCAAAGUCAGGGGAACUGUGUAUGAAUUUGAGAAUAAGUGUGGAUGUGAAGAAAGAAAUUCCAAAGGAGAGCUUAUGACAGAUAACGUAAAUCACACUGUUUAUGCAGGAAACAAGUAUACAGAACAUUUUGAAAAUAGAACUGGAUUAAGCUUUCAGUCACAUCUGGCUGAAUUGCAGAGAUUUCAAACUGAAGAGAAAAUUUAUGAAUGUAAUCAAGUUGAGAAUUCUGUCAAAACUUGUUCCUCAAUUUCAUCACUUCAAAGAUUUCCUCCUAGUGUCAAAACCAACAUUUGUAACACAUAUGGAAAGGUUUCUUCCUUCAUUCCUAUGUAUCCUUCAUUGCUUACACAGCAACAGAAAACAAAUACUAGAGAAAAAUUAUACGAAUGUAGUGAAUGUGGAAAGACUUUUAUCCAUCAUUCAGUCCUUACUAGUCAUCAGAGAAUUCAUUCUGAGCAGAGACCUUACAAAUGUAAUGAGUGUAGUAAAGCCUUUAAACAGUUCUCAAACCUCACAAGACAUCAGAGAAUCCACACUGGAGAGAAACCAUAUAAAUGUAAUAUAUGUGACAAGGUCUUUAAUCAGAAUUCCCACCUUACAAAUCAUUGGAGAAUUCAUACUGGAGAGAAACCACACAAGUGUAAUGAAUGUGGUAAGGCUUUUAUCAAAUGUUCAGACCUUUGGCGUCAUGAGAGAAUUCAUACCGGAGAGAAACCUUACAAAUGUAACGAAUGUGGUAAGGGUUUUACCAAACGUUCAUAUCUUUGGGAUCAUCAGAGGAUUCAUACUGGAGAGAAACCAUACAAAUGUAUUGAAUGUGGCAAGGUUUUUAGGCAGUGGUCUACCCUCAGGAUUCACCGAAGAAUUCAUACUGGUGAGAAACCUUAUAAAUGUAAUGAAUGUGGCAAAGCUUUUAAGCAGUGCUCACACCUGACUAAACAUCAGAAUGUACAUCCUGGAGAAAAGCCACACAAAUGUACUGUGUGUGGCAAGGCUUUUAUCCACAUUUCAAGUCUGGUAAAACAUCAGAAAAUUCAUACUGGAGAAAAACCAUACAAAUGUAAUGAAUGUGGUAAGGCUUUCAUCCAAAGUUCAAGUCUUACAGAACAUCAGAGAAUCCAUACCGGUGAGAAACCUUAUAAAUGUAAUGAAUGUGGCAAGGCCUUCACUGUGUGUUCAAGCCUAACUAAACAUAAAAGAAACCAUACUGGAGAGAAACCUUACAAAUGUAAUGAGUGUGAUAAAGCCUAUACACAAUUCAGCUCAAGCUUGGAGGAUUAUCAGAGAAUUCAUGGUAGAGAGAAACCUUACAAAUGUAAUGAAUGUGGCAAAUCCUUUAACUGGUGUUCACGCCUCACCCGACAUCAGAGGAUCCAUACUGGAGAGAAACCAUAUAAAUGUAAUGUAUGUAGCAAGACCUUCAGUCAAAACUCAAACCUAACAAUUCAUCAGAGAAUUCAUACUGGAGAGAAACCUUACAAAUGUAAUGAAUGUGGCAAAGCCUUUAAGCAGUACUCAAGCCUCACCAGACAUCAGAAUAUACAUCCUGGAGAGAAGCCACACAAAUGUAAUAUGUGUGGUAAGGCUUUUAUCAAACGUUCACACCUUUGGGGUCAUGAGAGAAUGCAUACUGGAGAGAAGUCAUACAAAUGUACUGAAUGUGGCAAGGCCUUUAGACAAUGGUCUGACCUUAGGAUUCACCAAAGAAUUCAUACUGGAGAGAAACCCUUAGAAAUGUAA